AGUCUUUGUCAGGCCUAAGAAGGAAUAAUUGUCGGCGUCCUACUAUCCAAAGCAGUCUUUGUAAGGCAUAAGAAGGAAUAAUUGUCUGCGUCCUACUAUCCAAAGCAGUCUUUGUAAGGCCUAAGAAGGAAUAAUUGUCUGCGUCCUACUAUCCAAAGCAGUCUUUGUAAGGCCUAAGAAGGAAUAAUUGUCUGCGUCCUACUAUCCAAAGCAGUGUUUGUCAGGCCUAAGAAGGAAUAAGAGUGUUUCCCAGAGCACCAUGAACACAGAGAAGGACUUCUCGCCGCUGACGGCCAACAUCGUGCGGGCGCUGAACGACAAGCUGUACGAGAAGAGGAAAGUGGCGGCCCUGGAGAUCGAGAAGCUGGUGCGUGAGUUGGUGGCCCAGAACAACUGCACACAGAUCCGCCACGUCAUCCAGAUCCUGGCUGUGGAGUUCGCGCUGUCCCAGCACCCGCACAGCCGCAAAGGAGGUCUGAUCGGCCUGGCCGCCUGCUCCAUCGCGCUGGGCAAAGACUCGGGUUCGUACCUGAAGGAGCUGAUGGAGCCCGUGCUGACCUGCUUCAACGACUCGGACAGUCGCCUGCGUUACUACGCCUGCGAGGCUCUGUACAACAUCGUCAAGGUGGCCAGAGGAGCCGUGCUGCCCCACUUCAACCUGCUCUUUGACGGCCUCAGCAAGCUGGCCGCAGACCCAGACCCCAACGUCAAGAGCGGCUCGGAACUUUUAGACCGACUCCUGAAGGACAUCGUGACGGAAAGCAACAAGUUCGACCUGGUGGCCUUCGUCCCCCUGCUGAGAGAGCGCAUCUACUCCAACAACCAGUACGCCCGGCAGUUCAUCAUCUCCUGGAUUCAUGUGCUGGAGUCGGUGCCCGACAUCAACCUGCUGGACUACCUCCCAGAGAUCCUCGACGGCCUCUUCCAGAUCCUGGGGGACAACAGCAAGGAGAUCCGCAGGACGUGCGAGGUGGUCCUGGGCGAGUUCCUGAAGGAGAUCAAGAAGACGCCGUCCAGCGUGAAGUUCGCCGAGAUGGCCAACAUCCUGGUCAUCCACUGCCAGGUGGCGGACGACGCCAAGCUCACCAACGACCUCAUCCAGCUGACGGCCAUGACCUGGAUGAGGGAGUUCAUCCAGCUGGCGGGCCGGGUGGUGCUGCCGUACUCUUCGGGGAUCCUCACCGCCGUGCUUCCUUGCCUCUCGUACGACGACAGGAAGAAGAACACCAAAGAAGCGGCCAGCGCCUGCAACCACGGCCUGAUGAAACUGGUCACGCCCGAGGAUGACGAGGAGCAGGAGGAGAAGGAGUCUUUGUCCAAAGAAGACAGCCCCGUCAAGGCGGAGCCAGACAGCGGCGACAGCGCCUCCCAGGAUGUGGUGGCUUUCAGCAACAUCAGCUUCUUCGCUCCGGCGAGCACCGACAGGUCCCAGGUGACUCUGGACCUGGACGGCAUCGUGCAGGUGUUGGACCGCCACCUGCGCGACUCCUCCACCGGCAUGAUGACCCGCAUCGCCGUGCUCAAGUGGCUCUACCACCUUUACAUCAAGACGCCACGCAAGAUGUUCCGCCACACCGACAGCCUGUUCCCCAUGCUGCUCAAGACCCUCUCGGACGAGUCGGACGAGGUGAUACUGAAAGACCUGGAAGUGUUGGCCGAGAUCGCUUCCUCUCCGGCCGGACAGGCGGAUCCGGCGCUGACCUGCGACGGCCUGGAGCUGAAGGUGCCGGCCGGGAGCAAGCCCGGCGCCAAAACGGGAGAAUCGUCCCCGUCCACCCCGAGCAUGAACUCCUACUUCUACAAGUUCAUGAUCAACCUCCUGAAACGCUUCAGCUCCGAGAGGAAGCUGCUGGAGAGCAGGGGAGCGUUCAUCAUCCGCCAGCUCUGCCUGCUCCUCCACGCCGAGAACAUCUUCCACUCCAUGGCGGACAUCCUGCUCAAGGAGGAGGACCUGAAGUUCGCGUCCACCAUGGUGCAAACGCUCAACACCAUCCUGCUCACGUCCGCCGAGCUCUUCCAGCUGCGCAACCAGCUGAAGGACCUGCGCACGGCGGAGAGCGGCGCGCUCUUCUGCUGCCUGUACCGCUCCUGGUGCCACAACCCCGUCGCCACCGUGUCACUCUGCUUCCUCACGCAGAACUACCGCCACGCCUACGCCCUCAUCCAGAGGUUUGGCGACCUGGAGGUGACGGUGGACUUCCUGGUGGAGGUGGACAAGCUGGUGCAGCUCAUCGAGAGUCCCAUCUUCACCUACCUGCGCCUGCAGAUGCUGGACGUGGAGAACAACCCCUACCUGAUCAAGGCCCUCUACGGCCUCCUCAUGCUGCUGCCUCAGAGCCAGGCCUUCCAGCUGCUCUCGCACCGCCUGCAGUGCGUGCCCAACCCCGAGCUCAUGAGGACGGUGGGCGGGUCCCAGCACGCGGACGCCGGGCGGGCCUCGCAGGCUCACGUGGAUUACGACCAGCUGCUGCUGCACUUCCACUGCGUGCAGAGCAAACACCUGGAGGUGCGCCACCAGCGCUCCGGACGGGCGUCCGAGCUGCCCGACAGGAAGCUGAUGUGAGGCAGGAAGCAGAAAGUGUGGACAACCGUGGAGCUUACACUGGAAUGAGGAGUCUUUCACAUUUCAGCACUAACUUCAUUCAUUUGACAAAGUCAAAGAUAUUGCUCCAUCAUCUUGAGGAUGCUGAUCAUGUGACUUGCAGUCAGGCGCUGUUGGAUGCAGCCAAGUGAUGGCGGAUGUUGUUGUCUUGGCAGAGGGCUGCAGUGUUUGUAUCUAAUAUGUUGGAUGCAGCCAAGUGAUGGCUGAUGUUGUUGUCUUGGCAGAGGGCUGCAGUGUUUGUAUCUAAUAUGUUGGAUGCAGCCAAGUGAUGGCUGAUGUUGUUGUCUUGGCAGAGGGCUGCAGUGUUUGUAUCUAAUAUGUUGGAUGCAGCCAAGUGAUGGCUGAUGUUGUUGUCUUGGCAGAGGGCUGCAGUGUUUGUAUCUAAUAUGUUGGAUGCAGCCAAGUGAUGGCUGAUGUUGUUGUCUUGGCAGAGGGCUGCAGUGUUUGUAUCUAAUAUGUUGGAUGCAGCCAAGUGAUGGCUGAUGUUGUUGUCUUGGCAGAGGGCUGCAGUGUUUGUAUCUAAUAUGUUGGAUGCAGCCAAGUGAUGGCUGAUGUUGUUGUCUUGGCAGAGGGCUGCAGUGUUUGUAUCUAAUAUGUUGGAUGCAGCCAAGUGAUGGCUGAUGUUGUUGUCUUGGCAGAGGGCUGCAGUGUUUGUAUCUAAUAUGUUGGAUGCAGCCAAGUGAUGGCUGAUGUUGUUGUCUUGGCAGAGGGCUGCAGUGUUUGUAUCUAAUAUGUUGGAUGCAGCCAAGUGAUGGCUGAUGUUGUUGUAUUGGCAGAGGGCUGCAGUGUUUGUAUCUAAUAUGUUGGAUGCAGCCAAGUGAUGGCGGAUGUUGUUGUCUUGGCAGAGGGCUGCAGUGUUUGUAUCUAAUAUGUUGGAUGCAGCCAAGUGAUGGUUGAUGUUGUUGUCUUGGCAGAGGGCUGCAGUGUUUGUAUCUAAUAUGUUGGAUGCAGCCAAGUGAUGGCUGAUGUUGUUGUAUUGGCAGAGGGCUGCAGUGUUUGUAUCUAAUAUGUUGGAUGCAGCCAAGUGAUGGCUGAUGUUGUUGUAUUGGCAGAGGGCUGCAGUGUUUGUAUCUAAUAUGUUGGAUGCAGCCAAGUGAUGGCUGAUGUUGUUGUAUUGGCAGAGGGCUGCAGUGUUUGUAUCUAAUAUGUUGGAUGCAGCCAAGUGAUGGCUGAUGUUGUUGUAUUGGCAGAGGGCUGCAGUGUCAUAUGCGGCGCAUGUUGCAUAGCUUUGACUCAUCCUGACUUUUUAAAGCUCUGCUGUGCUUUUUGUUGUUGUUGUUGUUGUUGUUGUUGUUGUUGUUCCACCUCUUUUUCUCGCUAAUGAAGCCCUCCCACAUGUUGCUUUUACCUCCAAUAAAGUGGACGUUGCUCACA